AUGAACCGUUGGGUGGAGCAUUGCUCGGAGCUGUACGCAGUAGAGAACCUGCCCACUAUAGACGAAAUGGACUUUAAGCCAACUGUGGAGGAAGUUGGUGAAACACUGGACGCACUUUCCUCAGGGAAGGCACCAGGAGUUCUCAAGUGUGGGAAGGGGACACUCGCGAAUGAGUUUCACGAGCUUCUGUGCCAGUGCUGGGGAGAAGGGACAGUGUCCCAAGACAUGGGAAAUGCAAACAUAAUCACACUAUACAAAAGCAAAUGCGACAGAAACGAUUGCAGCAUCUAUCGCGGCAUCUCACUCCUCGGUUUUGCCAGAUCAUCCUGGCCAGGCUCCAGAUCCUUGCCGAAAGAAUCUACCCUGAGCCAGUCGUCAAGAAAAGUGCAGGGAGCAGAGAAAGGCGUCGCUUGCAUUGGUCUCGCCAAGGCCUUUGACCUCGUGAGGAGAGACGGCCUGCUCACGAUCCUGGCCAAGACUGGAUCCCCGCCCAUUAUGCUAAACCUCAUAAGAUCUUUCCAUAAGGACAUGAAAGGAACCAUCACAUUUGACACACAACAUCUGAGCUAUUCAGCAUCCGGAGUGGCUGCAUCCUGCUCAAGCACGCCUUUGCAACAGCUACAGAGGGCAUGUUCCUGCGUACGAGGUCCGACGGAAAUGUCUUCAACUUAUCCAGAUUCCGAACCAAGACAAAAGUACAAAAGUAGAGAUGAGGCUCCUGGGAGAUUUCAUGCGACGCAGCAAUCACCGUACACAGCUGAAGAUCUACAGCAGCUCCUGAAUCACUUUGCCACAGCCUGCAAUGCCUUCAGCCUCACCAUCAGCCUGAAGAAAAUGCAGAUGAUGGGACAAGACGUUGAUGAACCGCUCACAACCAAGAUCGCAGACUAUGAGUUAAGGGGAAUUCAUGAGUUUGUAUACCAGGCCUCCACAAUCACUGACCAUCUCUCCCUUGAAUCCGACCUUAAUCGGCGCAUUGGAAACGCUGCGACAAUACUCUCGAGGACUAAUAAGCGCGUCUGGACCAACAACACGCUGGCAGAGCACACCAAGACCCAGACAUACAUGGCCGGAGUCGUCAGUACACUCCUCUACGGAUGGGAAGCUUGGACUCUGCGCCCCAAAGAAGGAAGCAGACUCAGUGCUUUCCAUAUGCGUUGCUUGACACGCUUCCUUAGAGAGAUCAUGACCCCAAAAGCACAGCGGUUGAGGGUCCCAACCAUGCCGGCCCUGAUGAAAAAGAGACGUCUGCACUGGCUGGGACUGGCAUUUUCUAACUGUAUCGAACAAAAACGACCUGUGAUCAUCUCAAAAAAUCAGGGCCGAGGGCACUCUGCCCUCAGCGUCGGCUGGGUCAACAACUCAUCCUUACACAGCCGCUCGCCCUCGCAGGCAUGGACUUGUCUCUCAGGCCUGUCCUCUGUACCAAACAAGCAGUGCCAUUCCAGUGGGGACACGCGUCCACCCCACAUUAUUAUACUGGCGGCAGCAAGUGGGUGUGAGGGAGAACCGCCCUCUGGUCGCACCUGCCGCGGCAAGUGUUUCUCUCCGGCCGGGAGAUGCUAUCGGGCCGAGGCAUCAAGAUCAACUCUCGUAACUUGUAACAUGUACCUCUUUUUUGACCUGGUAAUGUCAAGCGACUCUGACUCUUAA